AAGUGCUGAAAGAAAUGUACGAUGAAAAGCGGCCAAGCAGUCGUAAAGUAAUAAAACUGCUUAAGUGCGUUCCAGCUAAUGAUGCUGAAAACCAAUGUUUGGAUCACUUAAAACGGUACAUUAAGUCUUUACAGGGUCAGUCUUUAACACGGUUUCUUCAAUUCACUACAGGUAGCGACAUUAUUGUAACUGAACAGAUUAAGGUUGAUUUUGUAGCUGCCCAGGGUAAACCUGUGCGCCUCUGUUAG